UUUACAACAAAACGCACCGUUUUGAUUUAGUCUAAAAUCCCUAAUUUCAUCUCUCCCCUUUUUCUUCUCCAUCUUGUUCCUUCUCGAUAAUAACUUGUAUGCAGUCACCAAAUCCCUAUUCUCAUCGUCCCUUCUUAUUGAUCUUGGCCAUUUCUCACAACUUCCUCUCAUGAUAUCUAUUUUCCUAGCCUACUUCAAUUUAUGAUGUUUUAAGCUAUUGAAUCGAUUAUGAAGAAAUUUGAUUGUUGAAUUAUUGAUUCCUUCUUGAAAUAGAUUGCAUUUACAGGAGUUGUUUAUCCAUGCUUGGUUCUUGCUUAUAUGGGUGGAGAUGCUUAUCUUUCCAAGCACAAAGAGGAUCUUCAAAGAAGUUUUUACAAGGCUAUACCAGUUGAUUGAUCCAGUUGAUAAAACAGUAGACAGAGACCUCACCCUUGUAAAAGAGUUAGGGUUAAAGCUAAUUUAUGCUAUAAAUGCUCAUGUGCAUGCUGAUCAUGUGACAGGAACUGGAUUGAUAAAGACAAAGCUUCUUGACGUGAAAUCUAUUAUUGCAAAAGCUAGCAAUUCAAAAGCUGAUCUUCUCAUUCAAGCUGGUGAUAAAAUACAUUACGGCGAUUUGUUUCUGGAGGUUACGAAGCCUACCCCUGGGCAUACAUUUCAGGUUGUGUUACUUAUUCUUACUGGAGAUGGGCCUGAUUCAGCCACCACCAAGAUGGCUUUUACUGGGGACGCUUUACUGAUACGGGGAUGUGGGAGAACUGAUUUUCAGGGCGGAAGUUCACAUCAACUUUAUCAGUCAGUGCAUUCACAGAUAUUCACCUUGCCCAAGGAUACUUUGAUCUAUCCUGCUCAUGAUUACAAGGGAUUCACUGUUAGUACUGUUGGAGAGGAAAUGCUGUACAAUCCCAGGCUAACCAAAGAUGAGGAAGCCUUUAAAACCAUCAUGGAAAAUUUGAAACUUUCGUAUCCUAAUGAUACGGAUCCAUUGGUGCUUCCUAGUGGGACAAUUACAAGGAGCCAUGCCAAGCGAUAUGGGGCAGCCAUGUCCUUAUAUGUUGACCAAAUUUCACAAGAGCUUCAUGAUGUGGCAUAUAACAAGUGUUGCGUGGAACUUGAAGGCACAUCUAGGCUUCUUACAUUGUUGGAGACAUGUGCCGUUGGUGUAGCACACCCUAGCCAUGCUAAUAUGUAA